AAGCAGCUGCCUCGCCGCUCGCCAACUCACUCUCGCCAGCUAGCUCCACCGCCGCCUUCUUACUUUCGCUGGCCGUCGAUCGAGAUCUGUCCAUCAAAUAAAUCAUUGUCCAUGGAUGAAGUGUGGUGCGGCCUCGACCUGCAGCAGCUGCAGGCCGGCGACCCCCUCGCCGCGCCCGGCCUCCACGACCAUGACCCCUUCUGGCCGGCUCUAGCGGACUGCGCCGCCAGCUUCCUCGCCGCCGACACCGCGUGCUUCGGCGUCGCCGGCACCGACCUCUCCGGCGGCUCCGCCAGCGGAAAGGAGGCGGCGGCGGCGGACGGCAUGGACACGACCGGCUUCUUCGCCGAGGACGACAGCCGCCACCACCUGAUGCCCCAAGAGCAGCAGCCGGUGCACUCGUCCUCGUCGCUCUCCUCCAAGCGCUCCCUCUCCGUCGACAGCGGCGGCUCCUGGUCCACCUUCUUCCCGCUCGACGACGCCCCCCUGGCCGCCUCGGGCAUCUUCUCGUCGCCCUCGCCCUCGCACCCCGCGCCGCCGGCCGCCGCGCAGGACGCGCUCGCCGCCGCCGACGAGGACGAGGCGCUCAUAAGCGCCAUGAUGGCCGUCAUCUCCUCGGCGUCGCCCUCCUCCUCCGAGUCCUCGUCGCCGCCGCUGAGCCAGGACACCACCAUGGCCGCCGCGCAGGCCGCCGUAGUGCAGCCGCCGCGCCCAGCAAGCGGGGGCAACGCCGGCCACGUGACGGUCAGGAGCAGCAGCCUCGCCAUGGGGCCGGAGGGGACCGCGUCGCUGACCAGCGCCGCCGCCGCCGGCCGGCAGCAGGAGGAGGACGCCAAGGCGGCGGCGGCCGGCAGCAACAACAGCAGCCAGGUCUACCACAUGAUGUCGGAGAGGAAGAGGCGGGAGAAGCUCAACGACAGCUUCCACACACUGAGGUGCCUCCUCCCACCGUGUUCCAAGAAGGACAAGACGACGGUGCUGAUCAACGCGGCGAGCUUCCUGAAGACGCUGGAGGCGCAGGUCUCGGAGCUGGAGGAGAAGAACACCAAGCUGGAGAGAUACGUCCCCCGCGAGGGCGCCGGCAGCGGCGCCACCGCGGCGGCGCACCGGAGAGCCAAGGUCCGUAUCAGCAGGACGGGGCCGGACGAGCGGCAGGUGAGCCUGAUGGUGAUGGUGAUGGUGGAGUGCGACAUCGUGGACCUGGUGCUGCACCUCCUCGAGUGCCUCCGGUGGAUGAGCGGAGUGAGCGUGCUGUCCGUCGACGCCGACACCUACUCGCCGCAGGCGCUGCUCAAGGCCCGCGCCAACAUCAAGCUGCAGAUCAUGGACGACUGCGACUGCUGGGACGAGGCGCUGUUCCACGAGGCGAUGACGAAGGCCGUGCACGAGGCGACCUCGUCUCCCUCCUCCUCCUCCUCCUGCGCCGCCCCGGCCCCGCUCGUGGCCGCGGCCUAGCUAGGCAGGAGCAGGGCCGGGCACGUGGGCCUCGGUUUCUUCCGCGCCACGGGUUGGCUGUGAAGCGACCGGUUCAAUCAUCGAUCGCCAUGCGCGCGAGCUCCCUCCGGUCCGUAUUGCGGGCUCAUCGAUCGGCAGUCAUUGUUGGCCGUUGAAGGGGUAAAACUAAACGCAGUAGCGGCGCCGGUGACGGACGAUGAUCGAGUUCGCAUGCGGUUCUCCUGUAUGCCAUGGGCGGGUUAAUUAAUUAGUCUAUGAUUAGCAAAGUGUAAGAAGCCCUGUGGUUGCCCUAGCGCGGUCAGAGAGGUUGCAGAUGAUGAUGGUAUUCCGAGGUUUUAGGUUGUGUGAUGCAUAGCUAGUAAUCGGUAUUCAGUAGUAGUAUGUUGGCAUUUGGAACACCAAGUAGUAGUGGAUGGAUUUUGUACAUAGGAAACGAAGUUCCCAUGACAAUGAGCAGUUCAUAUAUGAAGAAACGUGCACAC